AUGACUGUUGUUUAUGGUAAUGAAUAUAUUAACAAUAAGAAUACACCUAUAGAAAAUGAUUAUUUUUCAAGCAAUAAUUUCGAAGAUGAUGUUGAAAUUACAAGAUUACAAUUAAAUGAAUGUGAUGAUCAGAGAAUACAAAACGACAUACCGGACUCAUCAUUAGAAAUGUCAUCAUUUAAUCCUUGUCGAACAAAUUGCAAAUGUUCAAUAUGUUUUGUACUUAGUUUUAUUGGUUUAAUCAUGGGAAUUAUUAUGUUGAUUAUAUUUGAUCCGCUUGUGAACAAAAUAUUAGCAAAUAAAAUGGCUAUUAUCCAAGGUCGAGAAGGUCAUCGAUUUUGGAAAAAUCCACCUGCUAAUAUACAUCGAAAAAUGUACAUAUGGCAUUGUACCAAUCCUGUUGAAGUACAAAAUGGUGGAAUACCACAAUUGGUGGAACGUGGACCUUAUGUUUAUCGAGAAGAAUGGAAUCGAUCAAAUAUUGCAUAUAGUGAUGAUUUAAGUACAAUUUCAUACAUUCCAUUAACAACACUUUAUUUUGAUCGAAAUCAAUCGAUCGGUCCAGAUGAUGAAUAUGUCACUGUUAUUAAUGUACCAUUAUUGGCCAUGGCACAUGAAGUUCAAUUUUAUACUCCAGGCAUGCAAGAAACUAUUAAUUUUUUUAUUGAAUUAUUAGAAACAAAAUUAUUUGUCAAUGUUACUGUUAAAGAAUUAAUGGAAGGUUAUACAGAUCCAUUAAUUGAAACAGCUAGUAAAGUAAAACCUGGUGUAUUGAAAGACAAUAAAUUUGGAAUAUUACAAGCUAGAAAUAAUUCAUAUUAUCAAAAUUUUACUAUUAACACUGGAAUUAAUGAUAUAACUCAAGUAGCCAAAGUUAUUUCAUUUAAUGGUGUUCAAAAAUUGAAUUAUUGGUCUACACCUCAAGCAAAUAUGCUCAAUGGAACAGAUGGAUCUUUAUUCCCACCAAAUUUACAUAAAGAUAAAAAUGUUUAUUCAUAUAGUGCUGAUAUGUGUCGAUCAUAUUAUUUAUCAUUCCUACGCGAAAGAAAAGACGGCUAUGUAACAUUAUAUGAUUUUCAUUUAUCAUCAAAUGUAUUUAAUAUGUCGCGGGAAGAAAAUCAUGGUUUUUGUGGAAAUGGUUCAUGUUUAGGUGAUGGUGUGCUUAAUAUCAGUACUUGCUAUUUAGGAGUGUGGGGGUUUAUUUCGUCACCGCAUUUUUUUCAAUCCGAUAUUAAAUUUCGUGAAGAUGUUCAUGGAAUGAAACCAGAUAAAAAUAAACAUGAAUUUAUAAUGAGUUUUGAUCCGGUAACUAGUGUUCCAUUUGCAGUUAAUGUCCGAUUACAAUUAAGUUUUUAUAUGCCGAAUAUCAAAAGAAUUCAUUUAUUAGAAUCAGUUAAACCAAUCAUAAUACCAAUUGUGUGGUUUGAUGAUGAAGCACGUCUGAUACCAGAAAUUCAUUCUUUAUUAUCAAUAAUAUUAGUAUCAUUAAAAGCUGGUUCUUAUAUUAAAUUUAUUUUACCAUCGAUUAGUCUUUUAUUUUUAUCAAUUUCUACAUUGUUCAUAUAUUUUCAAUGGCGACGUACACGUCGUGACCUUGCAAAUUCCAAAAUACCUCUGCUCAAUGGAAAGGGUGAAAUUUAA